AUGAAUCAUCUUCUCCGAAAGAAUCUUCUGUUCUUCACCUCUUCAUGCUCACCCUCGCAAUCUCGCACGCUUCUGGUUCGAUUUCAACUCUGUGAAUUCUCAUCUUCUCGUACUCUGUAUUCUCAUUGGAAGAGUCACGACGAAGAGUCACCAAAUGUUAGGGUUUCAGUGUGGUGGGAUUUCGAGAACUGCAACGUACCUUCUGGUGUUGACGGUUCCAAAGUAGCACCUGCUAUCACCGACGCAGUUAGAGCUAAUGGAAUUAAAGGUCCUGUUCAUAUCACCGCGUUCGGCGAUGUUUAUCAGCUUUCGAGGCCCAAUCAGGAGGCACUUGCUUUCACUGGGAUUCAUCUUACCCACAUUCCCAAGGGUGGAAGGAAUAGUGCUGAUAGAUCUCUUCUUGUUGAUCUUAUGUUUUGGGUUUCACAAAAUCCUCCGCCUGCACAUUUCUUUCUUAUAUCUGGUGAUAAAGAUUUUGCUGUCAUAUUGCACCGGUUAAGAAUGAAUAACUAUAAUAUUUUGCUUGCAAGUCCUGGAAAGGCUCCUGAUGUUCUCCGCAGUGCAGCAACUAUAAGGUGGCAGUGGACAUCUUUGCUCAAGGGAGAAGAUCUAACUGGAAAACAUUUCAACCAUCUUCCCGUGCCUCUUGAAACCCCCUCAGAGCAGUCAACAUCUUCACAAAAUAUACACGUUACGGAAAUCAAUGAUCCCUCCUCAGACUUAAAGGUAGGUGGAGGAGUUCCAAAGUCAGUUAUAAGUCGGAUUAAGAAUAUAUUGAGUUUACAUCCAAAAGGUAUCACCAUUUCAGAACUUCGUGCAGAGCUGACAAAAUAUGAUGUCUCUUUGGGUAAAGGCAUAUUUGGAUAUAAAAGGUUUUCCCGCUUUCUAUCAUCAAUACCCCAUGUACAACUCCGGCAUUUAAAAGAUGGUAAUUAUUGUGUGUAUUUGAUCCCCUCAGCAAACCAUGAACCUUCUGAAAGCAGCACUGCUUUAUCGACUGUAUCUCCUCUUAAAAAUGAGGAGAAGGGCUGUACAACAACUCCAAAGCUAAACAGUGAAGAUAAAGACAUAAAUAGCCAAUCUAUCUCUUUACAAGGAAUACCUAUCGAGGAAGACAUGUCACAUAAAUCAUUUGGCUAUACAACAACUUCAAUGGUACACAGUGAGGAUAAGGACAUGAAUAGAGACGUACAUAGAACUCCCUCGAAGUCUUCAGUGCAUGAAAGGAUCACUGAGGAUGGUUUGAAAUCACUCCAAUCUAUACCUUCACAAGGAAAACCUAUUGAAGAAAAUGUGUCACAUAAAUCAUCUGUAGGCAGUGAGAAGGUUCUGAAUGUGUCUCAUGAACAAUUGUCAGAGAGUCAACUUUCAUCAAAGGACAAUGAUGUUUACAAAAAUGAGAUUGGUUCCUUUAAAGUGAGAUCUAUGAAGUUUUCUGAUGAUGAAAUUGUUAGGUCUGCGGAUGUAUGUCCAAAAGUUCUUGAAAAAUAUACCACUUUAGGGAAACUCUCUGCUGGUACUGAUCACACAAUGAGGGUAAACAAUGAUUUAGUAAAUUGUGAAUCUGGAAAAUCUAUAGCAAAGAACAAACUUGAGGAUCAACCUAGAAAGGAGGUUGAUGAUCACAGCCCAUAUUCUUCAGCAGUUGAUGACUCUUUGGUUGACAAAAGACCCGAUGUUCAUCCUGAAACUUACAGCAAAAGAUCAACUUUCUUUAGCUGGAUUAAAAGUUGGUGGCCAUUUCAGAAAAGCAAUGUAAAGGCUGAUGAUUCUACUGUUUAUCAGAAAAAGGUGACUAGUAAUUUAGAGGAUUCCAAGUUAUCCGAACUGGACAUGACUGCUAGCAAUCUUGAAGAACCCAAGCCAUUAGAACAGCAGCACUAUGUCAGUCAUUCUGGAAAGCACGAGGGUUCCAAGUUACCUGAACUAGACCAAACUGCUAGUAAUCUUGAAAAGCCUAAGCCAUUAGAACCACACCAGGAUGUCAUUCAUUCCGGAAACCCUGAGUUAUUUUCUAGUGGUUCCUUUUGGAAUGACAUGGAAUCUUUUGUUUUCACCCCCAAAGGAUCACUUCUUAUUUCCCAGUCUAGAAGCAGGGAGGAUUUGGCUCAUAAACUACAAAAGCAUGGACCCAUGACUCUCAAGUCUUUUGCUGAAAAUGAUAUCUUUCAAUUGGUGGAACUGUUGAUAGCAGAAAAAAAAUGGUUGGAGGAGAGCCCCUCAAAAGCAUUUCCUUUUAGGCUAACUCAAUCAGUUUGGAAGAGCACGCUGAAGGGCCAGUCUAAUGGUACAAGUCGUUUGAGAUCUCUGUUUCUAAGUAGAACAUCGCAGUCCAACAUGCAAAAGUCAUUUGAACAUGAAGGGGAGAAACACUCUCAGAGUACUCAGAAAACUGCAGUUUCCAGACCUGCCACUGAAACAAAAUAUACUGAGAAGUCUAGAAAUGAUAUAUUACAAGAUUGUCAGAAACUGGUAUCUGAUGUAUUGAGGGAACACCCAGAGGGAUAUAAUAUAGGCUGUUUUCGAAAACAAUUUGCUGAUAAAUAUGGCUAUCACCUUGACAUCAAAAAGCUUGGUUAUCAGAAGAUGGCAUACCUGAUACAGAUAAUGCCUGGGGUUCAAUUAGACUCCACUUACAUUUACCCUUCUACUCCUGCAGUUUGUGCUUCUGACUCAGACACUUCUAUCCUCAAAACUCGAGCAACCAGUGCUAGUCAUGAAAAAUUCAACUCAUAUAAUGAAUCAUCUGAUACAACCCCAGAAAAGUAUAACACGGAAUCUCCUUGGGAGGAAUUAGGUCCUGUUUCUCUUAAAAAUUCUAGUCAGAAUCAUCUGGAAUCAAAUUUAACUCAAAAAACCAUCGAACUGAAUACACCAAAGUAUCCCGAUUACGAACCCAUUGUCUCAGAUUAUGAUUCUUCUGAAUCUGAAGGAGAUAACUCUGGUUCAACUCAAUCAGAAGAUCAAGUAAAGCCAAAAUAUGAUGAGCAAGACAGUUCUUUUUGGCAAGCUCUGGAUUCCUGGCACAGCAGCAAGGAAGAAGAGAAUAGUGUCAAGAAAUCCGAAAACAUCGAUGUCUUGGGGAAUUCUCUGCUUGGCAUCUUAAAUUCAGCCCCAGACUCGAAACAGGGUAUCCACGGUAUCCUUUCAAACAAAGAAAAACAAAGAUCUCAUAAGUAUUCAUUUGUUGUUGACUCAGCCUCACCUGACAAAGACAAGUUUAUUGGUGGGAUAUUAGAUGAUUUGAAGAAAGAGGAUGAGCCCAAGAUGCAUAACUGA